GUCAUGAACGCCGGCUAUUGGUCAGGUGCAUGUGACGUGUGCGGAAGCGGAUGUUGUGAUCCCCUGCGAUGUGAACAAGAUGAUCGGAGAUCUGUUGAUAUUCGGGACCCUGCUUAUAAACGCAGGCGCUGUGCUGAAUUUCAAACUCAAGAGGAAGGAAUCCCAAGGAUUUGGGGAUGAAGGCGGGAGGCCGAAAACGGGCGACAAUAUCAGAGACUUUCUGCUCAGUCUGCGGUACUUUCGCGUCUUCAUCGCUUUGUGGAACGUCUUCAUAAUGUUCUGCAUGGUCGUGUUGUUUGGCUCCUGAUGGGUUCCCCGGAGGCUGGGAUCCUGGGAUCCUGCAACACGCUGUUCCCCUCAAGAACCCGUUUUCAUCAAGACCAUUUUAAAUGUAACUACUUCAGUUUCUCUUCGUAACCAGUGUUGUGCAAUACUUCUUUCUACUCAAUAUGUAUUUGGUCUACUACACGAGACAGAAGUAUACGGUGGGUUUCGUUUGGACUUCCUUGUUUUUAUUCCAGCUUUGAGUAUGGAAUGUGUGUGGCCCGGCUAGGUACGUGGUGUUGGUAUUUGUCUCUUAUAGCAGAUGUUAACUAGUGUGUUCCCCACAACAAACAUAUUCCUUUAAAGCUCCAAAAAUUAUUCUGGGGCGGAAAAAUGAAUGCCAAUUGUGAUCUGUAAUGGAUUCAACUGUCCUCUACUUGUUGACUAGUUUUUACAGGUUACAAACCAAUUAAAAUGACCUUUUAUGUCGGAAAUUGAAAUGAGGCACUCAAGGUGUUUGUAAAGUCUCUUGUUCUCUCUCUUUCACUCCAUUAUGUAACCAUAUAUUUGACCUGUUCUGUAGUAGUAGCAGACACAUUUACAGUAUACGUCUUAAGUUAUCUCAAUUACUUCAAAUAAACUUUUCUGCAUAUGGAUUGACAUUGCUGGGUCAU